AUGGCGGAGAUCAACAGCACAAAUGUCCAGUUGGCGUUCAUCUACGAGCAGAUCUACAGGGUGGACUUUGGUGCAGUCACUGGAAUCAAGAUUGCAGUGGUGGUCCUAAUGACUCUGUUUUUUGUCUGUAUAAACUGCAUCAUGCUUUUUGCUCUAAGGAGCAAGACUGCCUUUUAUGAGACACCCCGCUACAUUCUUUUUGCUCACAUGCUUCUCAGUGACUCCAUCCUCCUGUUAACCACUACUGCAAUGUAUGCCAUGUCUCUUGCUCUUGUCAGUAUAGCCAAAGGCAUCUGUUCACUGUUAGUCCUCAUCUCCAAUUGCACGUUCCAGAACGCCCCUCUCACCCUGGCUGUGAUGUCACUGGAGCGCUACGUGGCUAUCUGCUUCCCACUGAGGCACAGCAGUAUUGCCACACAGAGAAACACAGGCAUUGCCCUAGGAGUCAUUUGGUUCUUCAGCUCCCUGAAUGUAAUGUCAGACUUGCUAUAUGAGCUCAUCACUGAUCCCAACCAUUUAUUUAAGAUCACUUUUUGCACAAGACAGAAACUUUUUGUGACCAAAUGGCAGGCGGAUAAGGCUCAAGUAUUUGAUGUCCUUUAUUUUGUUUCAGUAGCACUGAUCAUUAUUUUCACUUACAUCAGAAUUAUGAUCACAGCCAUGUCUGUUUCCUCCAACAAAGACUCUGCUAAGAAAGCCCGCCGGACUGUGCUGCUACAUCUCGUUCAGCUGGGCCUGUGCCUCACCUCUUUUCUGUAUGGCAUCAUAGAGAAAUUGCUUUAUUUGUUGACUGGAAGUGAUGGCUCUCUUUUUAUACAAUUACGUUAUCUGAACUUCCUCAUCAUCUUGAUCCUACCACGCUGCCUGAGCCCACUCAUUUAUGGGCUGAGAGAUGAAGCUGUACGACCCCUAUUCCAAUAUUAUUUCUGCUAUGGUGCAAAUAAAGUAAAGACUGCGAUCAGUGUACAUUGA